GUGUGUGUCACCACAACGUGGGCUCUGGGGCUGUGGCUGGAGGGCGGUGGUAUAAUCUCACACCAGACGCCCCUUUUAGAAAGAGAAAUGCUGUACUCCCGGAGUUUUCUUCUCACGCCACAGGAGGUUUCAGCCCCGGCCACCGCGAUGUUUGCUGCCUGCUGACGGGAAAGUCUUCCUCAAUUUAUGGUUCAUACCCCAUCCUUCUGAAGUGCUGAUUAUGUUCAAAACUCUGCCUGAAAAGGUAGCUUUUAGAGCCUUAAAGCUAACUCUACAGCUGAUAGUCCCUCUCCAUGACAUUGUGGCCUACCUCUUCAGUUUGGCUAAACUUGGAAAUUGUCCAGCAUGUUUUGAAUUUCCUCUAAGUCCUAACCCUCUGAGAGGCGACUGGGGAGGAACUAAGGGUAUUGGGUCUGAGCUUCAAGAGCUGCAGAAAAUGAUUGACAGCCUCCAGAGCCCCCAAGACCCCACUCUGCUGUCCCAGGUCCCAGGUCUUCGAAGGGAGGUUAUGUUUCUGCAGUUUGACGCUGCAGUGAGGUACCUCAUCCGAAGAACAUUUUUGGCAGCUGGAAAUGCUCCUGCCUACCAGUCUGUCACAGAUGACAUGUAGCAUGGGUUGCCGCCACUGAGCAACUCUCUCAUGAAGAGCAUUUUUGCUUCCCAGCUCAGCCUGCCACAGCCGCUGGAUCCACAGAGCCUCCAGGCAUUUGUGCUGUUCCCUUGGAGAGCAUUUCUGGAAGAUGGAGGACCGUUUCCAGUUACAAUUAGCAGCCCAGAUACCCUAGAAUAUAAGAUGCAGGUAGGAUAG